UUUAUUAUUAAUACUACAGAAGUUUAUAAUAUUAUUCCCAACAUGAAAAUAACAGCUUUGACACUCAUAAUGCUCCUCUUGACCUUCGUGGGCACCUCUAUGGCACAAGCUUCUAGUACUUCAGAGUUACAAGAGAUUGAUGAGGUAGGAAGCAUCACUGGCUGUAUUGGCUUCGCUUGGAGUGUCUCUUUCUUCCUAAUCAAGUUCAUCCCAGUGAUCAUUGCUGGCGACUCCCAAAAGAUGUUUGAAAUGGCAUUUGAGAUUCCAAGAUUAGUCCAGAUUCUUUUCCAAAGAUGCUUAAACUAACUUUUUAUUCAUAUUUACCUGAAUGUA